CCCUCUGUAUAAUUUAACCUGUAGGAUUAGAAUGAGCGAGCAAGCGCGCUGCAAAUUGUUUUGAGCUACGUCUAGGUCGCAGCCCCGGACUUCUUUCCUGGCGCCAGGUCAUCAGAAUCAAAAAUGACUGGCAUCACCAAAUUUUUCAAGCCAACGGGGACCAUCGGCAGCGCGAAGAAGCCUGGGGACGCUCCUGCGAGCGCAGCACGGUCGCCUUUCGCACCGCUGGGCAACACGGAGGGCAUUGUGAGGGCCACUAUACGCCCAGUAAAUGAGGCCGAUGACGAUGUGGUGUUGAUGGAGCAGGAGGUUCCAACGAGCUCGAAGCGGAAACGCGAGGACUUGAAGAACGCAGCUGGUGCAGCCGGGUGCAGCGAGCGGGCCGCACCCUCGACUUCUGUUCCGCGGAUGCAGCCUCUGCACGUGGCUAAGGAGAUUGAAGCUAUGACGGCUGCGCCUGCUGGCGAGGCCCAGCCCGCUGCUGGAGAUGCCGAUGUCGAAAUGUCCUCGCAGCAGCAGCGCGCUGGCGCCGAGGAGCCUUCCAGCCAUGCAACUGGGCGCUGCGAAACGCUUGUUGAUGCGCCGAUCACUUGCGCUGUCAUCGCAGAGGCCCCAGCGUCCUCAGCCCAGCCCACUGUCGAGCCAACGCCCAAGCGCCAGCGACUGCCGGCCUCCGCGGAUGCCGACAACGUUUGCGACGCCGACGCGGAUGCCGACGGCACGGCCUCCACCAGCACCCGCCAGCAGCACGAUCGCGCCCACAACCACCACAACCACAGCCAGCACAACCAGGCCGCCAGCGGCAGCGCGGCUAUUGCUCCGCAGCAGCAGCAGACGGCUGGUCGCGCCGGCUCCCACACGCCGGCAGGCGCCACCACCGGCACCGGCACCGACGCCCAGCCCAGCUACUCUCAGCAGUCAGUGGAGGGGGCCUCGGGUGCGGCGGGCGGCGUCAUCGGCGGCGGGGCCGCCGGAGCAGCGCCCGGCUCCGCUGGCGGCGUGGCCGGCGGCAAGGACGGCGCGGGCUGCACGGGCGGCGGCGGCAAGAGCGGCGGCGCGGGCCCCGCCACACUGCCUGAGGGCCUGGACUUGGCGGAGGCGGCGGAGACCCUUCGCGGCGAGGCGGCGGAGCUGGAGUCGGCUCUGGAGGAGGAGAUGCUGCUGGAUUCAGGUCUGGCGGCUGCCGCUGCUGCGGCUGAGUCUGGCCGCCUGGCACUGACGCCCAGUGCCGCCGAGUUGUGCGCCUGGCUGGAGGGCCGCACGGCGCCCCUGGGGCCGCUGCUGGAGCAGCAGCUGCUGCCGCUGCUGCCCGCCGGCACGGACGCCGCCGCGCUGCGCACCACGCUGAUUGACCUGGCGGCGCGCAGGUGCUACUCAGCCAAGGACGUGGCGCUGGAGGGCGCGGCGGCGGCUGACGACGCCACCCCCGGGCGGCUGUGGGUGUGGGAGGUGCGUGAGCCCAAGAAGCACCUGUCGGACAAGGCCAGCCGCAAGAUCGCGGACCUGCAGCGCAAGCGCCGCAAGGAGGGCGCGAUGUGCACCAUCUUAGUCAGGCGGUCCACAAACACGCAGAUAGCGGUAUUGUGACGCUGCGUACGAGGUAAACCCGUAAUGAAGUCCAUAGACACACUCUCCCAAGGUAGUUCCGGGAUAGGCAGCGGUUGAAGCUUGCCAGCAGGCUUGCCAGAAGCAGGCUUGGAACGUUGGCAGGCGUCACAGGACGCUACGAAGUCAGCCACAUCGCGGGUCAGGGUAGGCCACGUAAACGUACGGCGAACCAGCUCAGUAGUGCGAUCACGACCCUGGUGUCCGGCGAGGCGUUCAGAAUGGCAACUCGCAAUGAUAUCACGUUUCAGAUCAGGGUCAUUAGGCACAAGGAUGCGCCAACUCCCCUCCUCCUCCCGCAAAAAGAGACCAUCAGGGCUCGUAGCCAGACCACGCACGUUAGCCGCAUCCUGAAACCAGGUAUCAGCCCGCACAGCCGCAGCAAUGCGCGUUGUGAAGGUGGCGACAGGCCCAGAGGAAACAGGCGCAGGCGCGUGCGUAGCACGGGCACGAGGCGCAGAGGGCGUCGCAGAGGGAACAGGCGGCGAGGAAGCCGCGGCGGCAGCUUGACGGCGGGUUUGCAUAGCAUGCAGGAAGGACAGCGACGGGUGUCGAGACAGGGCAUCAGCAACUACGUUGAGCUUGCCUGGGCGGUAGACCCAGUCGAAAUGGAACUCAGACAGUAGCUCCACCCAGCGGGCUUGACGUCUUGAAAGGUGUGCUUGGGUCUUGAGGUAGAUCAACGGAUGAUGGUCCGUGUACAAAGUGAAAGGUAGCGCGCUCUGCAGGUAACAACGCCAUUCACGCAGGGCGUUUACCACACCCAACAGUUCUUGUUCACCAGUGCUGUAGUUGCGUUCAGCAGGGGAGAACUUCUUGCUGGUAAAAGCGACCGGUCGGUCCUCUUGCAACAAGACAGCACCCGUUCCGUUCAGCGAAGCGUCGGACAUGACGACAAAGGGCUUCGAGAAAUCAGGAUAACGCAAAAGCACAUCGGUUGACAGGCGUUCUUUGAUCUGUUCGAACGCGUGCAGGGCCUGCGGAGGCCAAGUGUCCGGUAGGCGCGCGAGUGAGAACAUGUUGGUUAACGGUGCGGCCAGGGAUGCAAAACCAGCAAUAAACCGGCGGAAAUAGUUGGCUAAACCAACAAAUGACCGCAACUCAGACAGGUCACGCGGCAGCGGCCACUGACGGAUUUGCUCAACUUUCUUUGGAUCCAUGCGGAUUCCAUCCGAACUGACAAUAUGCCCCAAGUAUUUCACCUCACUGCGCCAGAACUCGCAUUUGCUAAGUUUGGCGUGUAGUUUCCAUUUACGGAGGCAGGCCAACACUUGGCGGAGGUGUUGUUCAUGUUCUUCAGCGGUGCGACUGAAAAUGAGGAUGUCAUCCAAAUACACAGUCACAAACCGGUUCAGGAACGGCGCAAAGAUGCGGUUCAUAGUGGCUUGAAACGUAGCAGGAGCGUUGGUGAGCCCGAAUGGCAGAACCAACCACUCAAAGUGACCCAAAGGCGUUGUAAAGGCCGUCUUAGGUAUGUCUUCGGGUUUAAUCAACAGCUGGUGAUAACCAGAGGCAAGAUCGAGAGCCGUAAAGUACUUCGCGCCAGCAAGUCGGUCCAGCGUAUCGUCAAUACGCGGCAAUGGAUACCGAUUCUUGACUGUAAUGCGGUUCAGGGCUCGGUAAUCAAUGCACAUGCGCAGCUCUCCAGUUUUCUUGGCAACGAAGAGAAUCGGCGCGCCGUAGGGCGACGUCGACGGACGAAUCAAGCCUUUAGCCAGCAGGUCUUUAACCUGAGUAUCAACUUCAGCCAAUUCAAUGGGAUUCAGCCGGAACUGAGGCCGGUGUGUAGGGGCAGAGCCAGGUUCGAGGGGUAUCGUGUGAUGAACACCACGGUCCGGCGGCAAGCCAGAGAUGGGUGCAAACACAUCACGGAAUUCAGUCAGCACGGUUUUCAACGUGGGGUUCUGCUCCACUUCCGGAGGAAGGUUCAAAGGAGGAUCAGGCGCAGGAGGCGCAGCAGAGUUGAGCAUGGAUUGAAGAGGUGCCUCAGCCGUGCAAAGCUCAGGUGCCGGCGCAUGUGUCGCGGACGGGGACAGGGCGCGCACAAAAGUCAAAACAGCUUUAGCGCCUUCCAUCGAGGCAGCACGGAUGGCACGCUUGGCAGACACUACCUUGGCGGAAACAGGUGGCUGCUCAAGUAGCUGGCAUGCAGGCUCACCCUCCUCUAGGGGCGGCAAUUCCCGUGGCUCAGGGUCGCCGGGAUCAGGUGCGUUCAAAGCACGAAUCACAGCCGUACGACCAGAGGGGCGAAGCAGAUGAAGAGUGCCGAGAUGAGGUGUCAUCUGAACGCAAAAGCGCUUGAGGAACGUCUGGCCCAGCACAAGGUCAGCAGACGAUGUGAGAGAGGGCAGGACAUGAACACGAAUCUCAGUAGAGAAAGUUCCUAGACGCAAAGGCACAACGCAUUCACCCACGGCAUCGCAUUUUGAUGCGUCUGCCAACCGCACAGGAGCAAGAGAGGAAGGGCGCAGUGACAAACCUAGGCGGUCCGCUAGGGCCUUGGCGAUGAAGCAGUGCGUAGCUCCAGUAUCUGCAAGCACAACAACAGGGGCAUGCGACAGCCGCCCAGCAAACAAAUCUAGUUGUGCGGGUCCUUCCGGGACUUCUGUCACUGCACACGAGGGCUCCUUGGGUUCAGCUUUCGGAGGAUCGUACCACACUUGCCAGGGUUCUGUCGUAACAGGCGAAGGGCAAGAGCCACCGCAGUUAGGGGUGAACAACUGAGUUCCUGGCGCAAACGUGUGUUUCAGGUUCCAGCCACGGAGCAAGGAACGAUGACGAUCCGAAAGGGCAGGCAUGAGCAUUACUGCUGAUAUGCUGGGGUCUUCUGCUUUAUACUGCCGAUAGCGCGCAAUACAAAGUUGCAGCUUGCGAACAGACGGACUGAGCAAGAUUGUGUGGCCUGACAGGCUCUUGUGAGCGGCGGAGGUACGGGCAU